CGGUGCGUGUUGACAGCGGCGGCGGCGGCGGCGGCGGAGCCGGGCGGGCGGGAGUCUGCGCCUGCGGUUCCUGCCCCUGGACCCCAGGCGGCGGCGGACCGGCGUUCCCGGGAUGGCCUUCAUGGAGAAGCCGCCGGCCGGCAAGGUGCUGCUGGACGACACGGUGCCGCUGACAGCCGCCAUCGAGGCGAGCCAGAGCCUGCAGUCCCACACGGAGUAUAUCAUUCGGGUACAAAGAGGAAUAUCUGUAGAAAACAGCUGGCAGAUUAUUAGGAGAUACAGUGAUUUUGAUUUGCUGAACAACAGCCUGCAGAUUGCAGGCCUAAGUCUACCUCUUCCUCCCAAGAAAUUGAUUGGUAACAUGGAUCGUGAAUUCAUAGCCGAGAGGCAGAAAGGUCUCCAGAACUAUCUCAACGUUAUCACCACAAAUCACAUCUUGUCUAAUUGUGAGCUGGUUAAGAAAUUUUUAGAUCCAAACAACUAUUCCGCAAACUACACUGAGAUUGCCUUACAACAUGUUUCCAUGUUCUUCCGAUCCGAACCCAAGUGGGAGGUAGUGGAACCAUUGAAAGACAUAGGUUGGAGGAUAAGGAAGAAAUAUUUUUUGAUGAAGAUUAAAAACCAGCCAAAGGAACGGCUCGUGUUAAGCUGGGCUGACCUUGGCCCUGACAAGUAUCUGUCAGAUAAAGAUCUUCAGUGUCUCAUCAAGCUUCUGCCUUCCUGUUUGCACCCUUACAUCUAUCGGGUCACCUUUGCCACAGCUAACGAGUCCUCAGCAUUGCUUAUUAGGAUGUUUAAUGAAAAAGGCACUCUGAAGGACCUGAUCUACAAGUCAAAACCAAAAGACCCCUUCCUAAAAAAGUACUGCAACCCUAAGAAGAUUCAAGGCCUGGAACUCCAGCAAAUAAAAACAUAUGGGCGGCAAAUAUUAGAGGUGCUCAAGUUCCUACAUGAUAAGGGAUUCCCUUAUGGGCACCUCCAUGCCUCCAAUGUGAUGCUGGAUGGGGACACGUGCCGGCUGCUGGACCUGGAGAAUUCCUUAUUGGGCCUUCCCUCCUUCUACCGAUCUUACUUCUCACAAUUCCGGAAAAUCAAUACGUUGGAGAGUGUGGACGUCCACUGCUUCGGCCACUUACUGUACGAAAUGACCUACGGACGGCCCCCGGACACGGUGCCUGUGGACUCCUUCCCUGCGGCCCCGUCUAUGGCUGUGGUGGCCGUGUUGGAGUCUACGCUGUCUUGUGAAGCCUGUAAAAAUGGCAUGCCUACCGUCUCCCGGCUCUUGCAGAUGCCAUUAUUCAGUGAUGUUUUCCUAACCACUUCUGAAAAGCCACAGUUUAAGAUCCCUACAAAGUUAAAAGAGGCAUUGAGAAUUGCCAAAGAAUGUAUAGAAAAGAGACUAAUUGAAGAACAGAAACAGAUUCACCAGCAUCGAAGACUGACAAGAGCUCAGUCGCACCAUGGAUCUGAAGAAGAAAGAAAGAAGAGGAAGAUUUUAGCUCGAAAGAAGUCAAAACGAUCUGCCAUUGAAAAUAGUGAAGAACAUUCAGCAAAAUAUAGCAACUCCAAUAAUUCAGCAGGAUCUGGGGCCAGCUCACCUCUCACAUCUCCGUCCUCUCCGACUCCACCCUCUACAGCAGCUGCCUUAGGUUUGGGUAAAGAUAUGAAGAAAGGUAAGGAUUUCCACAUUACCUCCACCUCCUCCACCUCCGCCUCCACCACCAGCAGCUCCUUUGCCUCCUUCGAGCACAGAGGUAGCCACACAGCCGCAGCCCCAGGCUGUGAAUGGCAUGAGCCGAGGGGCCUUACUGAGCUCCAUCCAGAAUUUCCAAAAAGGAACUCUGAGGAAAGCCGAAACCUGUGAUCAUAGUGCUCCUAAGAUCGGCUAAAGUUUCGUGUUUACACUUGGAGGGGAAAGUUUUGUUUUUUUUCUACACACCUCCAACCACUAAAAUACCCUCUUCCUGGAUGAAGAACUGCUGAGCCAGUACAGCCACAUUCUGUUUUGCAGACGCUCAUGUAAGGGGCUUUUCAAGAGGAAAUAUUCAAAUAGAUGAUAAAAUCAGGCUGGCAUUGCUGCCUUAAGAGAUCUUGCUCCUUUAUUACUGUUUUAAAGGAGUUGUUCAUCCUCUAAUGGGCAUCUUUUGGGAGCAGCAGCAAUCAGAAUCAAUAUUUCUACCAACUGAAACGGACAAAAACAAUGACAAUUCUCAGUCACAGCAGUGAUGGCCUUUGCGUUGCAAUCCUUCCUAUGUUGUCAGGCAGCUCCUAAAAACGUUCCCACAUUUAUUUCUCUAAAGCAUUUUCUGGUUAUUUCUUAGAUCAGAACUUCAUAUCUGCUACCUUAAUUUUAUCGUAGACAUUAACACAGUAGCCCAAAGCAACUAAGUCUGAGAAGCAACUGAUAGCUUCAUUUUCCCCUCACACAGGAUGGGGAAGAUGUGCAUUACUCUCUAAUGGGAAUACCAGUGUGGAUAUAGAACUUGGGGCUGCUAAAGCUACUCCUCUAGACGCCGUUCCUUAUAGUUCGGACGUAUUGAAUAGACAAAACUGUUACCAUCAGAAAAUGGUUAGAGGAUCUUACUCCUGAGCAAUUAAGUUUGUGUUUUGUGGGGAAUUAUUGUUACAACAUAAUCGAAUUUGGCAUUUAUAGAAUUCUGACUGGAACCGUUUAUUCAAAUACAUCUUUAAAUGUUACUCAUGUAUUAGACCCUUUAUCCUAUAAUUUGCUUAAUCCUUAAAUAAACGGCACUUUAAAGGAUUAUAAGUAAUCCAUUUAAAACUUCAAGUACACACAUCAGUGUUGGCUACUAUGCAGAGAAUGUCAUUGUCUAUAGUUUCAUGUAAUCUGUGAUAAAUAUGUUCAGCUGUAUUUUUUAUUAAAAUAAACCAUGUCAAGAAAA